CUCUCAUUCCUUCAGGUCCCUCCAGCCGCCUCCUUCAGCAGGAGCGGGGGAUCAUAGGCAGAGGAGAAGUGACGGGAGAGCAGCAUCAGCCAGCAUCUCCCUCACUGUGGGACGCAGGGAGACAGGAAAGAGAGGUGGAGGGAUUAAGUUAGUUGGAGAGACCAGGGAGAGAGAGUUGGAGCUGUUCGGGUGGCAGCUGGGAGACCAGGAGCUUCUUUUCCUCCUUCCUCUUUCUGGCUGUGAGCUCUCUCUGGCUCCCCUAUUCUUCUUCCUCCUCCUCUUCGUCUCCUCCGCUCCUUCUUCUCACCCCGACUCUCCUCCCAGCUCCCACCGUGGGGUCUCAGCUCUCCAUCUCCCUCCCCCCCUCCCUGACUCCCUACCUCCCCCGGGCGCUGCUUGGAGACUCCGGGCUGCUGCGCCGCCGGAGGAUGUCUCGGAGGGAGUCUCCGCCGCCGCCUCCGCCGCCUCCGCCGCCUCCACAGCUGCUGGGAGGUCAGGGGGGCAACUGCGAGGACCGUCCGGAGCGCACGGAACCGCUGUCCGACUCAGAGCGGGAGAUCAUCCAGGACACGUGGGGGCACGUCUACAAAAACUGUGAGGAUGUGGGGGUUUCUGUGCUCAUCCGGUUUUUUGUCAACUUCCCAUCUGCAAAGCAGUAUUUCAGCCAGUUCCAAGACAUGGAGGACCCUGAGGAGAUGGAGCAGAGCAGCCAACUGCGGCAGCAUGCCUGCAGGGUGAUGAACGCGAUCAACACUGUGGUGGAGAACCUCAACGACCCAGAGAAGGUUUCCUCGGUGCUGGCCCUGGUGGGAAAGGCCCACGCCAUCAAACACAAAGUGGAACCCAUAUAUUUUAAGAUCCUGAGCGGAGUGAUCCUAGAGGUGCUGUCUGAAGACUUCCCAGACUUCUUCACAGCAGAGGUGCAGUUGGUGUGGACCAAACUGAUGGGGGCGCUGUACUGGCAUGUGACGGUGGCCUACACUGACGUGGGCUGGCUCCAGGUCUCCAGCUCAGCAGUGUGAGAAAUCAGGAAGAUGAUAGAAGUUUUUGUUGGAGAAAUAAACAGCUGCAUGUGUGAAAGAUUGAGAAUUUGGUUUCACAGAUAUGGAUCAGAUUAACGCAGUAAUCCAUGCAACAUUCUUCCACACUUUGGUUGCGUUUUGGUGCUGAGCUUUUGUUGCUACGCUGCAGAGGUCAGCAAGAUACCAAGCGAUAUAACUAGACAUCACCUUAGCUCAUGCAAGUGGUGUUUUGGUACAUGCGUUUUAGCGGGGGGAAAAAGGAUGUUUUUUUAGUACCUAUCAUCCAGUUCUUCUACAGGUAACUCCUGUUGCUUCAGAUCAUAGAAACCAUGACUCUGUGUGUAGCAUGAGUGCUUUCUUGUUAACGAACUGCCACGUGUUUAGGCACGCAACUCUGAAAGCUUUCCGAUUUAACUUAUUUCUGUGGUGGUCAGUCUUAGCUGUAUCUCAAGGUCUGUUAAGCUUUAGAUGAGAACACAUGUAGUUAAACAUGAAAACAGAUGUACAAAUCUUGUCUUUUCAAAUAAUAUUUUAUUUUCUGGAAGACUUAUCUUCUCAAAGAAGGCUAUAAUUAAAUGGCAAGAGUAUCUGAUAACAUUUGGCAUUGUGAGAUGAAUAAUUUUAUAUGUUGCAAUUCAAUCCUGUUUUUUGAUGACAUGUAACCUACAAAACUUUAAGUCUUGUUCUUUCUUUUUGGUAGCAACACAACAGGGUAGGGAUGAAGUGGAGUAGAUUUAAUCAAUGUUCUAUUAACGCACACAUCAAGGUAAAUCCACGCAUUUUCUGUACUAAUCUAGGCAACAAUUGGAGUUUUCUCUCUGAAUUUACCAUCUUAUCUAAUAUACAAUGUAAAACAUGUAGCAGCUGUAAAGAGAGGCUUCCCAUGCACACAGUUUUGCUGCAUGCAACAAAAGUUUUUCCCCACCAACUUAAUAGCAUCUACUGUAUAUUCAGUCCAACAAGAGUUGGUGUCUUUUUAAAACAGAUAUGUUUCUCCUCAGAUUUUGCAAAACAAAAACUGUCAGUAUAGCCUGUAGGAUUCCAAUCAGAAACGCUGUAAUUCACUAAUGAUCCACCAGCAGGUGGCAAUGACACAAACUACAUAAAAAUUCAAAGAGAAAACAUACUAAGCAUGGCUAAAGCAUUGCUAGGCAAAAAACAUCACUUGCGUUUCUUUGAAACAAUAUUUUUACAUUUAAAAUUUAAUGGAAAAAUGUUGAAAUAACCAAUUUUUAAAAAAAUAGCUUCAUUGUUGUGAAUCAUAGAGCAGAAAGUCAGACUGGCAAUGUUCAAAGGGAGCUAUUAACUUUUCCCCACCUCUAUAUAUUUGUUUUUGGGCUUAUAUUUACCAUACAAGUCUGGUAGUCAUAUCCUGGCUGCACUGAUUUUUUAAGUUUUUUCACCUGGAAAAGAUUUUCAAAAACCUUUUCAAGAGAUUUUUUCUCAUAAAAAAAUUUAUUUAUCUGACUUAAUUUGCUAAAUUAAUUUAUGCAAUUAAUUGUAUCUACAAGUAAUUGGAUAAAAUUUAUAAAAUUGUAUCUAAUUAAUCUUGGAUGAAAUUAGAUUAAUUUUCUCUAAUAUUAACUAGAUAAAUUAGAAAAAAAAAGAUAGAUUUUGUCUAAAAUCAAUCAAUUUCAGAUCAAAUUGAUUACCUAAAAUACCAACUUAGUCUGCAGCUGAAAACCAGCUAAAAUAAGAUUGGUUGGUUGGUUUAACUAACUAUAAACCUUUUGUGUCUCACUUUUCCUCAAACUUAUUGCGAUAAAACGUCCGUCUGCGUUCAGUAAACCAUCUCUAGUAAUAACAGAUAACAUCACUUCAAUAAAAUCCAGACUAUCACUAUAAAUGGUACACAGCUACUGUUGCUAAGCUAAUGUCGUAUUAAACUAAAACAACUAGAAUAGAAAUGGAUGUUUCUCUAUAAAAAUGUUCCUAAAUGCUGAGCUUUUUUUCUGGUAAAACCUGAAAGAAGCAUCUUUAAAAGUGGCUCCUUUAAAUAAAACAUCAUGAUGCAGUGAAACAGGAAGUGGGCUGUUAGUGUUUGAAGCUCCAGCUCCUAACGGGACCAUGGACCUGCUGACUGUUAUAUUCUCCAACUGCAGUCUACUCAUGUUCAGGGGACGGUCACCCCUUUCUCUUUCUCUAUUAAAUGUCUUGUUUAACUUUGCUGGAGUGUUCUUUGUAAAUGUAUACAGUGGGCACAUGUGGACACUCUCCUGCAUUUGUUUACAGCUCAGUGACAUGCAGACGUGCUGUGGUGUUGAAGAAGGUUUUCUGAGUGCUUUUUUUUUUGUCUCGCUUGUCAUUUCAGAAUUACCAACAGUGUGAAAAGUGAGAACUUUAGCAAUCACACACAUUCACAAAUGUACAAACUAAAGGCUUUCUUCAAUGUUAAUAUUUACAUUAUUGUCAGACGGUUUACUUCCUGUAUUUAAAGUCUCCAUUAGGGGCCUUAGGAGUCCACUUAAGAGUUCCAUAAAAAAAGAGGCCUGCAACUUAAUAUUUCUGUUUGGUUUAUUUUAUAAAGUGAUUUCCAAAUGCAUGAAAAAUGCUCAAGCUGCCUCCCCCAACUUCCUUUAUAUUGGUCAACUUCAACCUGCUCUGUAUCAGUAGCCAUCUGUGAAUCAUGCUCCACUCAGUUCAGCUCCGCACAGCAAGGAAAUCUGUUUAGGAUGGACAUUUGAUCAAAUCUCUAGUUUGCAUCUGCUCUGGUGAUGUCCCACAUCUCCCACAUGACCCCGUCAGCAUCUGGCAUUAAUAAGGAGCUAAUGAGUCUCCUCUUUUCCUCGUUGGGUCGUUUAUCUCCUGUAGCUUCCUAUUGUCUCUGCUGGGAAUUAGGGUAAAAACAAUUAUGACUGGACAGAUGGUCUUAAACCUGCCGCAAAGCGUCGGCCAUUCACAAAAAUGGGAAUUUAUAGAAAAGGUGUUUAUUGAGGUGAAAAUGAUUCCAAUAUAGUCAAAUUCUAAUUGGAUUUACAAAAUGUUUUCUUUGGGAAUUGGUAACAAAACAAACAAACUUAAAAUAAAAACUUUUGAUACUCAAAGGGAAUAAAUUGGUUCCACUGACAAAGGUUUGCAAUUAUAAAUACUGUUUCAAUGCUUUAUGGAAAUGUGAAUAACUAUCUGGCGAAAAGGUUGGCUAGAUGAGCAAAUUAACAAAUAUAUAGAUGAAUAGACUGAUCGAUUGGUAGAAGUAUGACUGAACAUAGACGACAGAAUGGAUGCAAAAAGUCUGAAAAUAUAAAUAUGGAUGAAGGGGUGGGUGGAUGAAUGAAUGAUGUGGACAGUGAUUCAGCAAAUAAACUUUAAAGAUGCUAACAUAUUUCCAGACUCUUGAGGACAAGUGUCAAACUCAAGGCCCGUGGGCCAAAUCUGGCCCGCCAUAACUUUUUAUGUGGCCCUCGAGACUAAACAGUAAGUUUGCUAACAUAUUAUGUCAUCAAUUAAAUCAAUGCAGUUUUUAUCUGUUUACUGCCAAAUUAUUUUAAUCAAUCCCUCCAGUUUCUUGAGGAUUAUCGUGGAAAUUCAUGCAAAAAUCGACAAAUCCCCGCACUUUUUUGCAUUAUACAUAAUUGGGAGUUUAUUGCAGAAUUUUCUCAAAUUGUCAAAAACUUUCUUACUUGUACUAAACACCUUCAUUUGAUCCAAAUACAUUUUUUGAUACAAUCCAUGAUCUAUGCAGCGAGUAAUUAAAAGUUGCAUUUACCUUAAUAAAUAGGUGCAAAUAUCGCAAAUAUUUCUAAAUUAGUACCACAGGCACUUUAAUUUUUAUUGCAAAAAAA